CAGAUGAGACACAUGGCCAGUGAAUGAGAAUCUUACCCUCAGUACAUUGCGUCUUUCACUGGUUGAGUUACUUCAGAGGAACAGGGCUGUGUGUGUGCGCACCUCCAGUUGCACACCUAACGCCUCACACACACUAAAACACACUUGGGAUUAUCAACCUCACAGUGACUGAGAAUUCUGCCUUUGUUUUUCCAGGAUGGCUGAAGCUGAACUUCAUAAGGAGAGGCUCCAAGCCCUUGCGGAAAAACGGAAAAGACAAGCUGAGAUCGAGGACAAAAGACGACAGCUCGAUGAACUUGUUCUGCAACUUCAACAUUUCAAGUCUAAAGCCAUGAGGGAGAGAUGGCUUCUACAGGGGACACCAGCGGUACCACAAGAGGAAGAUGAAGGCCACAGGAAGCAAGUUGAGCAAGAUGAAUUUCACGUCAAAAAACUAGAAGAUUGCAUUCAGAGACUUGAAUCAGAAAUCUGUGUUUUGGAGAACAAAGAAUCCCAGAUUUCAGCUAAAGAGCAGGUUCUCCAAGAGAGAUUGCGGGAAACAGAGAGAUCUAUUGAAGAUCUACAGAAGAGUCUUCAGAGUCAAGAUGGAGAUGCAGUGAAUUACAACAACUCGCAGAUCCCAAACCUCCCAGAAUUCAACUCCCAAACUCCUGUCUCAGCUUCAGUGGAUCAACAACACCCAAGAAAAUCUGCAUUAUACGCCAUGGAGAUCAAUGUCGAAAAGGACCAGAAGACCGGUACCACCAAGAUCCUCUCUGCCUCAGCAGUCAGUCCGCAGGAAGCCCACCACCGGGGCAUCAAAAUCUACGAUGACGGUCGAAAAGUAAUCUACGAGGUGCGUUCUGGGGGAUCUACUAUGAUGGAGAAUGGAAUGCAUGUUUGGAGUUCCAGUGAGGUUGACGAACUGAUGGAACAAGUUGGCCAGACCCACCAGCGAGGUGAUGGGACCAGGGUAACUGUCACACCAGCUGAGCCACAAACAAUGGGAGGACAGUUGAGUUCUAAGGAGCAGAUGGUGCACAAGGAGGCCAAGCAAGACAAGAAACAAAUCCCCAGUAGAGCCCUGCAAAGCUACCAAGGGGAGGUGACCGAGACUCCACAGGCAUCAGCCGAGAAACCAGUGACCAUGAUUUUCAUGGGCUAUCACAGCAUAGAAGAUGAGGAGGAGACCAAGAAGCUCCUUGGAUUUGAUGGCACCAUCAAGGCUGAGAUUGUCCUUAUUGACGAGGAUGAUGAAAAAUCUCUUCGAGAGAAGACUGUCACUGAUAUCUCCACCAUUGAUGGCAACGCUGCAGAUCUUGUGUCGGGGCGACCUCUGUCCGAUACCACUGAAGUUUCUUCAGAGGGAAAAGAUGAAAGCUCGACAAAAGACCUACCGCCUACAGGUAUUGAAAAGAAAAAACGCUGCAAGUGCUGUGCUGUCAUGUGACCUUUUUGGCGCAGCUUCUCUUUCCUGGAGCACAUUUCCCAGGGCUCUGCCUUCCUUAAAAACAAACCUCACCCUGUUACUAACAGCACCUCCACCUCUGUGACGAGAGAAGUUCUCACUCUUCUCACUCUUUUCUGACCUGAUUUCCACCGAUUGUCUGGUUCUUUUGGUAUAAGGUUUUAUAACUCAAACAGCAAGCAGAAGAAGGGGCUGGUCUUUAGCAAAACAUAUGUGAACUACAAAACUGUACCCUGUACAAAACUUUUUAUUUAUUCAUUAUGAUUUUAAAGGUGCACUCAGUAAUUUUUCAUGUUGUGGUGGCUGAAAUGCCAGUCAACUUGGACUUUACACUGAAACCUAGUGGUGUGGAUGCAGCAUCAUGCAUUUAGGUUAUGAUACCAUUGCAGAAAUGCAUUAUUCACAGUCAGCCAUGAUUAAUUUAAUCUGUGAGUGAAAGUGUCUGAUAAUAUGUGGGAUAGUGGGAUAAAAUGGAGUAGUGUAUAGCUGGUUAUGUGAUCUUAACAUGGUGGCCCCCAUGAGGUGACGCACUCCUUUUGUUAGGCUAUUGAUAUGAUUGGAGUCUACGGGCUCUAUUUUCAUGAGUGCACAAAGCGCAGCGCUACAUGCAACAACCGUACGCUGCAUCUUAUCCACUUUUCGUGGGCGCGCUAAUUCUAAGUGCAAUUUUCGCAAAGUGCAUGUGGGUGUGGGUGGGAGUAUUAGCGCUAUCUGUGGGUGUAUGAGCGCAAACUGUGGGCUAUUGUAUGUUAAUGAAAAGGUGCAAAGCGCAAUUUGCUAUUUUCCUGAGAAACAGGUCAUUGCGCUAAGACAUUUUAAUACCACCUUUGUUUUCAGCGCAAAGUCCAAACUCAGUUUCUGCAUUUACAGUUUGGAGAUUCCACCAGCAGUUGGUAAUAAAGUUCAUGUUCAAAUUCUGAAAAUAUAGAGGAACUUCAAAUUAUGUCCCUGAUGAUCAGAGUUGUAAAGUUUACAAAAAUUUAUUUAUGUUAAACUAUCUAUAGGUCAUGGUUUAUUUUUAAUUUAUUAUUAUUAUGUUUAUAUUUACAAUUGUAUGUAUGAUCUAAUUUGCAUUGGCAUUUUUCCACUUGUUGUCGUUGAGUGAUUUUUAAGUUACUGCAAAAAAUGCCAGUGAAAGAAGUUGGAGAGGAUUAAAUGUUUGGAUUUGGUAAAUGAUUUUUUUUCCACCAUUUCAUUAUUUUGAUUAUAUUUUUGUUUCGUUUGAAGUGUAAUUUGAAUUUAGAAAUAUUUUUGGUUAAAUUUUUUUGUGUUUCAAUAAAUGAAUUGAAUUGUUCAAAAUCUAAAUUGACCGGUAGAAGUGAAGUGCAUGCCGAUACAAUCACUAUAAAUACUAGCCAUGAUUUAUGUGUCAGCAGAUGAAAAUUAUUAAUAAUACUUACAUUCCCUAUAAUUUAACAGUGUGUACAUCCAAAUCCUGAUGAGAAGAACAUUUUCUAAGCAUAUGAAAGGAGCGUGUCCAUAUUUCUAUUCUUCUAAUUAAUUGUAUACAGUCCAUUUACAUUACCAACUUCUUAUGAAUAUGCUGUAUUUGUUUAUAUCGCUGGAACUUGAGGGAAUGGACUAUAUAAUAGGAUGCAGACGCUGCAAUAACCGGAGAAAAAACACUGAAUUACAUUGCACUUGACCCAGCCCAUUAGCGCAUUGCACAUGUGAUUUCACCAAACCCACGUGUACCUAGCACAUGAUUGCACGAAAAUACCAAAACUUCAUGGACAUGGCCAUUGACAUUGCGCUUAUGACUUACGGCAUAGUGGUGCGCUUAGCACUCUUAAAAUAGGGCCCUACAUGUAAACAUUUUUCAAAACUAUUCAUUUCUUUAGGGGUAAAAGCUUUUUAAUAAGGAAAAACAACUGAGUGCACCUUUAAUUAUCCUUUUAAAUGUAAUAUACAAAAGAAGUGAGGGGAAAAAGUGAGCAAAUAAUAUGUAAAUUUACAACAAGGACAGUCUUAAACCUAAGUGUCCCAUAUGACAAAGAUUAGAUCAUUUCAUUGCGCUUCAUAUAGUGAUGUAGCAUCAGUUUUAAAUAUUGUUUAUAAAUAUGUCUAUAUCAUUUGAUAUUUCACACAAUAUUAAAACACAGAGUAGAUUCAUACAACGUAAAGAUGUUUGGCAAUAAUUACACUACAUGGCCAAAAGUAUGUGGACACCCACUUGUAAUUAACAGGUUUUACAAUUCCAUUAAUUCCAUUGAAGACAAAUCUUAAUGCUACUGCAUACAAUGACAUGGGACAACGGAUUAAUGCUUAUGGUUUUAAAUGAACUGUUCAACAAGCACAUAUGGGUGUUGUGUCACAUACUUUUGGCCAUGUAAUGUAUAUUUUCCUGUAGCCUUACCGAAACCUUUAAACCACUCAUUACAUUUGGUUGUCCAAGAUUUUUCUAUUUAUAGAAAUAGAUUUAUAUUUCCCAAUGAGAAAGGAGAUAACGCAAUGUACAUUUGCUCAAUUUAUUACACAGACUGACCUUAUUGAAGACAUUUGCCUUUUUGUGCCUCUGUAUCUUAAUAUAUGGUAGAAUUUAGCCAUUUUGAGUGCCAGUUUUUGUCAGGUUGGAUUAAGGAUCAAAUUUUUACCCAUACAAAAGACAAGAUAAUAGGACAUUGCAUUUUAAACCGACUUAAGAGGUUCACCUGCUAUCAGACCAGUUGAAUCUAUCAGUCGCAGGUUCAAAGAGAGUGUUAGUAGUUGGUAAAUAAGCAAAUAUUUUCAAACCUGUUGGUUAGUAGAUAUGAUUGAUGCUGCCAUUUGUGGAAAUACAUUUCUAAGAGAAUAUAAGAAUAAAAGUGCUGGUUUGGCAUUGACAGGGCCUAGAUUAUAUGCACUAUUUAAGUAAAUAAGGUGCUAAAUAUAUUGGGAUCUAUUUGCCAUUUAUGUGAAAGAGUACAGAAAUUUACAGAAGCUCUCACCAGCAUACAAAUAUUUAAAUAAAAAAACAAAAACUUUAAUUGAUACUCCAAUUCAAAGCAUACUGUACAUUUUUAAAAUCUAGACAUUUAAAUAGUCUAGACAUAUACUUAAAAGUGAAGUGUGCAGUUUCUGUGCCACUAGUAUUACCAAACAGAAUUGCAAAAAUGGUGUCUGCCAUCAACAAUUUAUAGUUGUUUCUGCAUAUACAUAACAUCGAAAACAUUACCCACAUCACCUUUAACUUUGAUAUAAAAUAACAAGUCUAGUACUUUGUGAGAGAGAUCACAAUAUAUCAAAUAUACUAAAAAAAUUGUGAAAUCUGUAUUCAUAGAAAUAUUACCAUGGUCCACUAAACAAAUGUUAAGAAUGGCCCACUACUGCUUUUUAUACAGUAUCAAGCAAGAAGUCAUUAUUACGGAUUACAGUUGCACAUAAAUUAUAAUAUGCUUGUAGAUAAACAAUGUGCAUAUGUCACACUCAAAAUGAGUGUUAAUCCUUAUUUAUUUCUAUAGGGGUUGAAAUCUGAAAUGUAUUAUAUACACAUUGGUUGCACAUUCACACAUAGAUACCAUAAAGACAUUAACACAACAAAGUAUUUAUUUGUUUUUUUUUUCAAUAAUACCAGCUGCCUUGCUGUCUGUCUUUACUUAUCCCUCAGUCUUGCCAUGUUAGAAGAAAAACCUGUGCCGUAUUGCAUCAUGUUUGUGUAAAAUGAUGCUCAGAUGGGAAAAUUAAAAGCCAACUUACUCCCACUACUCACAUUCACAAUGAAGAAGGGAUUAAAUUAAUUCAUUAAUACAUUGUGGAAGAAGUUGGCCUGUUUUCUCCCAGGCAUGUACGUUUUACUCAGUCUUGGUAAAGGGAAAAUCUGGAUAACUAGAUAAAUAAAAAAAAAUCUCCAAAAAUAUGUGUGGGGUAUGAUUAUGCCUGUACAAAAUGUUUAUAUUCUUUUUUUAACAACACAACUAAAUAAAAUAAAAUAAUUUAAGUUUAAGAUUACAAUUUGUAUGUAGCAUUAAAGUGGUGAAGACACAAUUCUACAACUGUACCCCCCUAAAAAAAGUUUUGACAAGAAAUCCAGAUUGAGUUGCCAAAAUAAUUAAAGUUAAAUAUGCAAAAUCAAUUAAUGUGUAAAAUGUACAUGGCCAAUGACAUUCAUUUUAGAGAUGUUAUAAAGAACUGUUUUUUAAACUAUAUUUUAUUCUUAAAAAGAGUGUUCUUGUAGCUUUCAUUUGGAUACAGGCAAUGCUAUGCUAAUGUUGUACCAAACAAUGAACAGAGUGAUCCUGAAAAUUCAGCUAUGAGGAUGAAUUAAAGAAAAUUUGUGUAUCCAGCAUGAGCUACAUUUGCAGCCUUGGAGAUUCUGUAACAAGUGCCAAAAUUGCAAUUCACCUUUUCAGGCUUAAAGACCCCAUGAAAUAGGUUGACAAGCACAGUUUCCUUUCCUGUGUUUAUGUAUUUCCUACUGAAACAGGAAGUUGACAUAUCAAAGGGCUUGUCCCUUUUGUAAAGCUAAAAGUUGAAUGUGCUCCUGAGCGCAAGACGAUGUCAUCAAUAUUUUUGGUCGAUUAUCCAGGCAUAUAAAGUCUCUUAAUGUUAAAAUGUGUAUUUCUGCUAAAAUGUUUUAUUGUCAGCUUUCAGGAUACUAAUUGGCCUCAAAUAUUACAGACAUAAACUAGACACAAAACUUCAGUUUGAUUUCAUGGGGUCUCACAUUGACAAACUGAUUUUGUUUACACAAAAUUACAAAAUUACAAUUGAGCUCCAGAAUAAUGCCAAUGUUAAUGUUGUCUAUCAGGAUUUCUCAGCCUCAAACUGCCAAAUAGUGCAAAUUCUUCUCUGGACUUUCACUUGGUGAUGCAACUCCUGUCAGAUUUGCCAUGAAAUUACUGCUGUGCUUCUUAAUUGAGAUUCUGAUGUAUUUUUGUAAUCCUUAAGUGUUAUUUUUAAUUGUUCCACUUUGGAACACUUUUUGUUUACUUUUUUAAUGAUUAUAACAUUCUCCUUCUGUAUCAUCUCAUACUUCCUCUCACAAACUCUCUCCAGAAUGAACUGCCAACAGCAAUGCUGUCACAUUGGCUUUAAUUUAUUUAUUUUUUCUUUGUAUGGUAUACUUAGUCUAAUAAACAGAAUUUUUUCCAAUGUGCCUACCCUCCUGUGCCUAAGCUAUGGUUCUUUCUCUGACUCAUUUUCCAUUAUCAGAACACUACUACCUCUUUCCAUUUCCAUCCCUAUCCAAACUAUCAUUCUUCACACAUAUCUGGGCAGCACUAACUCUGCCUGUGUCUUGAGCUACUCUCUCCAGACAUUAAUGAGAUAUGCUGACCUGUCUACCAUGCUUCACAGACUGCAUGAACAGCAAGUUUAACCUUCACCAAA